AAAUAAGCUAUAGGCUAAUUGUAUUCUGGACUUUGCUUCAUUGAUUUCCUUUGAUCCAGCUGGUACAGUGGCACAGCUUCGAUUAGUGCUCCUCUCUGAACAACUGCCAGUGUAACAGUGUUGUAGAGAAUGUCUGAGAGACAGGGACUGAGCGCAGACUCCACCCACUUCACUUUAGAUGGAGCCCCAUUUCGGAUCCUCGGAGGCUCCAUCCAUUACUUUCGGGUCCCCAGGGCAUACUGGAGAGACCGGCUGCUCAAACUCAAGGCCUGUGGUCUCAAUACUCUCACCACGUACGUCCCGUGGAAUCUUCAUGAACCAGAAAGAGGACUUUAUCUUUUUCAGGAGGAGCUGGAUCUUGAGGCAUACAUUCGUCUAGCAGGGGAAUUAAGCCUUUGGGUGAUUCUGCGUCCGGGGCCGUACAUAUGUGCCGAGUGGGAUUUGGGUGGGUUACCAAGCUGGCUGCUGCAGGAUAAGAAAAUGAAAUUAAGAACGACCUACUCUGGUUUCACAAGUGCUGUGAACUCGUACUUUGAUAAACUUAUUCCGAGAGUCACACCCCUCCAGUAUAAGAAUGGAGGCCCUAUUAUUGCUGUUCAAGUAGAAAAUGAAUAUGGUUCAUAUGCAAAGGAUGAGCAAUACAUGUCAUUCAUCAAAGAGGCGUUACUGUCCCGGGGAAUCUCCGAGCUUCUCCUCACAUCAGACAACCAUGACGGGAUGAAGUGUGGAGGGGUAGAUGGAGUCUUGCAGACAGUGAACCUACAGAAACUGACUUUUGGUGAUGUACAGCAUUUAGCAGAAUUGCAGCCACAGAAGCCGCUGAUGGUGAUGGAAUACUGGUCUGGCUGGUUUGAUGUCUGGGGGGAACCUCAUCAUGUUUUCUCUGCGCCAGAAAUGAUCUCUAUAGUGCGAGAGCUUCUAGAUCGUGGCAUCUCCAUCAAUUUCUACAUGUUUCAUGGAGGAACCAGCUUUGGAUUCAUGAACGGAGCUGUUGACUUGGGAACCUACAAACCACAGACAGGCAGCUAUGAUUAUGAUGCUCCACUGACUGAAAGUGGUGAUUAUACAACCAAGUAUCAUCUCUUGAGGAGCUUGCUGAGCACCUACAGCAAUGAGCCGAUAUCAGAGCCGCCAGCUGUGCAGAGCAGAAGAGCAUAUGAGCCGCUGACAGUUACUCAUUAUAUUUCACUAUGGGAGAGUCUUCAGUGUGCAGAAACUCUUUUCAGAGCUGAUGAUCCUGUUAACAUGGAGAGCCUUCCUGUGAACCACAACAAUGGUCAGUCCUAUGGAUACACUCUCUAUCAGACUGACAUUUAUUCAGGUGGAGAUCUCAACUCAAGGAACCAUGUUCGUGACAGAGCUCUAGUGUUUAUUGACCGAGAACUCAUUGGUGUUUUAGAUUAUAGAACACAGAAAGUUAAAAUACCUCACAGUAAGAGUGAGAGAACCUUGAGUUUGCUUGUUGAGAAUUGUGGACGAGUGAACUAUGGUCCAGCUCUUGACAACCAACAGAAAGGGCUUGUUGGUGAUAUAACUCUGGAUAAUGUACCUCUAAAAAAGUUCACAAUGCACUGUUUGGAUAUGAAGACCAGUUUCAUUAACAGACUGCAGUCUCAGAAAUGGACGUCUGUUGGUACGAAGCCCACCUACCCUGCGUUUUUCAGAACAUCCCUGGUAGUGGAUCAGCCCACAGAUACUUUUUUGAAGCUGCCAAAUUGGAGUAAAGGAGUGGUUUUUGUGAACGGGCAAAAUCUUGGACGCCACUGGUCAGUUGGUCCUCAGAAAGCCCUCUAUCUUCCUGGUCCCUGGCUCAGGAGUGGAGAUAAUAAGAUUGUUGUUUUUGAGGAACUCAAAGCUGCGGAAACAAUCAAUUUUGCUGGAAAUCUUGAAUACGGCAAGACCGUCGACGUAUCUACACAACUGUUUUGCACCCUCAUAUGAAACACACCUGCAGCUUUACAAUCUCAGGCUCACAUCCAUCAAAACAGAUCUGAACUUGAAUUACUUAAAGCAAGACAUCACAAGUAAAGAGUACAGAUUUAGCAAAAGACUUCCCCAUUUGAUUAAUCAAUUCAAAUAAAGACAGCUGUUUUGUAUUACAGGUUUUCUGAACUGUUUGAAUAAGCACCUGAGACAUUAUCGGAUUAAAUAUGUAAUAAU